GGAUUCCAGCGCUGGUGCUGCCUACUGAAGCUCGGUGCGUCUGGCUCGCGGCACUCGCGAUUCAUCUUGCGCAGCCCGAGUCUUGGGGGAGCCCCAGAGCCCAGAUUGGGGACCUUAGUCUCCCGUGCGCAGCGGAGAUCGCCGCGGCGUUUCUGAGAUGCCCGGGAGAAAGGCGCGUCGGAACGCGCCAGUGAACCCAACGCGGGCAGAGCUACCACCUGAGUUCGCAGCUCAACUCAGGAAGAUCGGAGACAAAGUGUAUUGCACGUGGAGUGCACCGGACAUAACUGUGGUUCUGGCGCAGAUGCCUGGGAAGUCGCAAAAGAGCAGGAUGAGGAGCCCAAGCCCAACCCGGGUGCCAGCAGACUUGAAGGACGAGUGUGCUCAACUCCGGAGGAUUGGAGACAAAGUGAAUUUACGGCAGAAACUUCUGAAUUUGAUUUCCAAGCUCUUCAAUUUAGUAACCUGAGUUCUUCCAAAGCUUUUGCAAGAAGGGACCUCCCAGGAAGGAAGUUCCGCCGGUUGAUGGAAAUGCCUGGUAUUGGAUGGAUUGUGAUGUGAUGAGAGAAACGCUCGCUUGCUUUUGGUUCCCUGAGCAGGGAUGAUGAAGGAGAUAGGAAUGAGUUUCUUUCGGAAAGUUUUCAGAAAUCGUUCUUUGAGCUGUGAUAACGUGAAACCACACUUGUUUUUACUUUUAUUAUUAUUUUUUUGAAGAGUCGUGGAGCUAGGGAAGUAACUAGUAAUAAUCUAUCUUUUUAGAGUUGUUCUGGUUGUUUUUGCCAAAGGUUGUUGUCAAGAAUAAUAGACGGGGUAUGGCUAGUGGUUACAUUGUAUGGGGGCAGUCGUUUGGGAUUGCUUUUUGACAACUGCAGAGCAAUGUACUAUAUAACACUGAAUGUUCUAGUGAAAACUGAUUUCAUAGGUCACUACAAGCUUAACUGGAUUGUGUCUGUUUAGAUGACUCUUACGUGUGUUAUUGUAAGCAUUAACUGGAGAGUAUAAAGAGACUACCAAGUAAGUAGAGGAAAUUGAAAAUAUAGUAAGGUCAGUAGGUGCCAGUCAAACUCUUACAGAUUGAAUAGUAUGUGAUAAAAACAGAGUUUGGAUUUUAUAUAAUCCGAGAAAGGUUUAAAAACAAACUUUUAAAAGUUGACACAAUUAAAACUUAGUAAAAGAUUCAUGAGAAGUUUCUAAAAUUUUGUAACCUGUCACAGGUAUUUCAUAGAGUAUUUUCCCUUCACCUCCUCUCACUUGUUUUUGUUUUUUGGAGACAGGGUUCCUUUCCUCUGUGUAGCCCUGGCCAUCCUGGAACUCCCUCUGUAGACCAGGCUGGCCUCAAACUCCACCUGCCUUGCCUCCCGGGUGCUGGGAUUAAAGGCAAGUGCCAGCAUCACUGGGUUUAAAGUUUCAUUUUUAAUUUGGUCUAUAAAUGUGACACUCAGACUGCUUAAUAGCAAAUCAGUCCUGGUUAACAGAGAGAGGCAAGAAACUUGAGUAGACAUUCCCAAAAGGCAGGUGGCCAGCAGAUACGUGAUUCAGAGUAAAUGAAAACCAUCAUACGAUGAUCUUAUAUUCUCUAGGUUUGCCUGUUACUGGAAGCGAAAGCUAACACGCAGAGUAAGGACUUUUUUGUAUAUUUUUAUUAGUACUGUAACGUAGGACUGUUCUUUUGUAAAACGGUUCUUUAAUAGAUAAGAAAUGAACCACCUUAAAUCCAGCUGUCCCACUCCUGGGAAAGUACACAAAGGUGUUGAUCUGUCUGCUGAAGGGACAUCUGUACUUCUGGGUUGUUUGUUUUGUUUUGUUUUUUACUCUGUAUCAGCCAAGACAUGGAAACAAGCAAUCAAGGGCUGAAGGGAUUUUCAAAGUGAGAACAGAAACAGAAUUGAGCUUUAAAAGGCGGGAAAUGGUAUUUUAUCAAAAACAUGGAUAUUACAUAUCCCAGGUGCCUCUCUUUAUUUUGACCAAAGUCAAAACCAAUGGGGGAGGGGGGUGGGAGAUGAGAAAAGGGCCAAUCUGUUUUAGGGUGAAAACCAGAAAUUAGUUCUGUUCUUUCCCACCGUAAAGCGACUACAAUUGAUGUAUAUAUGACUACAACUGAACGGAUGUUGCCUGUUCUGACCACAAGGUCUUGAUGCCUACCAGAAGUGAUGGGAUAUGCAAAUAACUGUGAUCUUUCCCCGGGGUGUCCAUGUAUUGAAACUAAGCCCAUAAACACGUUUGAUUUGUCAGUUGACUAAAACUAAAAACUAUCCCAAAAUUUUUUUGAGAAAGAAUCUCACGAUUAAGUUUUACCAGGAAUAAUAUUUAUUUUUACCUAUUUAUACUUUAAAUAUUUUUGUUUACUUUCAGCAUGUGUAUCCGUUUCAUUUUUGUUUGGAGACAAGGGUCCCUUGUGACCGUGGGAAGGGUGUCAUAUGGCUUGUCGCUUUGGAUGAAGUUACCUCAGUAGCUAGUGGGCCUCAGCAUUAAGGUUGUUUACUUUAAAGUUUUUUUGUUUUGUUUUGUUUUGGUUUUGUUUUCCUGAAAGUAGAUAUCUUGCCCAAUGGGUAUUUAUGGUCUGUGACUAUAUUUAUAUGUAUGCUUCUGAAGACUGAUAUUGUAGCCGCAACUAUUAAAUAAAAGUUGAUACUAAAGUAACUAUUGAAAAAUGC